AUGAGACUUCUCAAUAUCUCGAGGGAGCACGAGUUCAGGUUCAAGAUGAACGCGUAUGCGAUCGACCGUGCGAAGAAUCCGGCUGACCGAGUAGCCCAGGCUCAGGCGAGUGCUUUCAUGGCUGCUGCGGACCUUGUAUGUGGCCGGCCAGGGAUCCGUGAGAAGGAGUGGCAGACUAUUGAGGAAAGGCACUAUAGCUCAGAGUGCUUGGUCGGCUCUGGCAAGGACGCCAGUGUGAGAGCAUGGCCGACCCGGGGAUGUGCGGCGUAA